AUGUCAUCAUUUUUUUCAUGCUAGGAUGACUAAUACUCCUUAUUUUAAGGAGUUGGUACAAUAAAUUGUCAUAGCUCGACUUGUGGAUAGUUUUCUGUUUGCAGUAGCCUAGCUUUUAAGGGCUAACCAAUUAGUGAGAUAGGCUGCUGCAGAGAGGGAAUCCUUUAUCCUAAUGCAGUCUCAAUUAUUAUGUAUAUUCUUAUUAUUCCAGUUAUUGGAGUAUGCAGCCUUGGAGCACUUGGAGGUGGUGUUUUUAAAAGACCCAUUUUAGAAGCCAUUCUAAAUAUAAAUUCAUCUACUUCAGGGGACAUCACUGCUUGCCUUAUGUUUAGUGCACAAUUAGUGAAUCAAGUUAUAAUUUUUUUUUAAAGCCAUCCUGACCAUCCUGAACGUCCUUUAGUUAAUUUUGAGAUAGGAUUAGUCUAUGCCUUAGGGAUACCUAUAUCUAUGCAAAUAGGAAUGGACUUGGCAAACUACCUACCUCUUUUGCCUUUGUUGACUAUACAAAUGAUAUUUUUCGUAGCUAGUUGCCCAGUGCUUCUGUAUUUUGCUAAGUCAGAAGAAAUUCUUGAAAACAAAAAAGAUAAGAAGAUUGAAGUUCAACCAACCCAAAUCAAUACUGAUGAUUUUAAUGUUGAAACCAAUAUGAAUGACGAAUAAAGAAUUUCCAAGAUUUUUAAAUAGUUUUAGGAGGAAUCCACCUCAAGAUUCCCUAUAUUGCCAAUCCUCUUAGCAUUUGGCAAUUUUGCUUUGAAUGAAUCAAUCAUUUUACUCAGGACAACAUCUUACUAAACGUCACCUUAUUUCUAUCCAAACGAUAAAGAUUUCGGUGAUUAAUUCUCUGCUUGCGAACCAUGGAAUUUCUAUGUAAUGUUACUCUUGUUUGGGGUAAACUUUGUCUUUACGCUUUUGGUAUUCUUUUACAUGCGCAAACAAGAACUUCUUAAGAACACUGUGUAAUUUAACGUGAACGAGCGCUAUUUCACUCCAAGGACAAGAUUCUUCAUGAUAUAUGGAGCUGGUUGGGCAACAGGAUUCAUAGCUGGAUUUCUAGGAAUGGCAGCUGGAUUGACUAUGUUAGUGACCCUAAUGGAAUUCAAUCUAGUUGCUGCAGCUGCUGGAGCAACAGCAAAUUAUGGAUAUUUUAUUAUAUGUUUAUAAGUCUUUAUUUCAUUUAUAGUCAAAGAGACUUAGGAUUUGACAUUUUAAAUUGGUUAUCAAUUUUUCUUUUAUGGAAUAGGAGCUAUUGGAGUUUUAAUUUUUACUAAUUUAGGAUUUUAUAUGAUUAAAAAGUACAAUAUAGAACACAUAGUAUUCUAUGUUGAUUUUGCUUUGGUUUUACUCAAUAUGAUUGGCAAUGUUGCUUGGGGUAUUGAGUAAUCUGAAAGAUUUUCAUAUCAUUCUUUGGUAUACAAUCCACAGAGUUGUACCGCUUAGAUUUUAAGCAAAAGCUCAGUGCAAUGA